GCGGCGGGUGGGCCAGGCUGGCGCCGGCGGCAUUCAGCUGCAUUCUCUUCUCAGGCUCAGGAAGAAAGGAGGAAGAAUGGUGCCCUUGAUGGAGGGGUGGUCGCUUGUGUAGACUUCGGGUUCUUGAUCCAUAAAGCGGAAUCGCGUCUACCUGUGGUCGACGGGUGCGAUCGCCUUUCCUGUGGACUCUGACGUGCAAAUGGGGGCAAAUAAUCACCACCUGUGAAGCGCGAGCAAAAUGGAAGAGCCUGGCGAGCACGCCUGGACAAAGUCGGGCGCCCACUCUGAUCCGCAGCAGAGUAACAAUCCAAACGCUCUCUCUCCCAUCCAGGCAUUUGUCACAAGCUCUGCUGGCCCCUCAGAUGGUUCCGACACCUCGCAGAGCGAGUUUAAGGACCUGCGGCAGCUUUCCCCAGAUGUCCUGAUCCGCAGGAGCCACCAGUCUGCUGUGCCUGAGGAGGAGGGGCCUUCCACCUCGGGGAUAGAUUUAAUUGAGGAAGCUUCAGUGGUUUCUGCUGCAAAGGGAUCGGUGUUGCGACAAGAGAAGGGCGAUGGCGCGCUUCAUCAGCCAGGCAUUCUGUCCAAGAAUGCCAAGAACACAGGCUCUCCCCCGGCAAUUCCCGCACGGGCGGUGCUCUCGGAGAAGUCACCUAUAUCUGCCAUCAAAUCUUCCUCCAAGCUGCGGAGAUCGCUCACUCCUGAUCAAGCACGCCCCCCGAGGCACAAGCGCAAGGGUUCGCUCGAUUCCCUCCUGCUGCCCCCCAACUUCACACAGAGCCAGGUAGAUGCCACAAUGCAUAGGCGCAAGUCCUUGCUAAACCCUGCCCUAAACCCCGGCCUAAACCCUGGCAUGGAUUCUUCGACCACUUCUCCCCUGCGUGGCCAUUUGGUGAGGACGUCUUCUCUUGGAGCUCCAGGAAUGCCACUUUCCGGCCCAGAGAUCGACUUCUGGCGGCCAGAGGUUGGAUCAAGGCCGCUUGUGGGGAGUGUGAAGCUGCACGAGCGCAUGGUGUUCCUGUGCUACAAGGACCCUGCCUCAUGGCCCCCCCGGAUAGAGGCCGCUGAGGCGGAGCGCCUGCCGAAGAGGCUCGCGUCUGCAAUCUACAUGAAGAGAAAGGUGCUUCCGCAGAAGACCAAGUUCGCACUCUGCGAGGGAAGCGAAGGAAGCGAGUGUGACGUCCUCAUCUUUCCUGACAUGAAGCGAUACAGUGCGGUGACUCACUUCGACAUCGACCACCUGAUCGAGUUCCUCCUCACCGGCAAGGAGAAGGUGCUGCGCUCGCAGCGAAUCACGGGCUGCCACGUGUUCGUAUGCGCCCACGCCAGCAGGGACGCGCGCUGCGGAUCCUGCGGACCCCCCCUCGUGCUGGCGUUUCAAGCCGUGGUCCAGGCGAAGGGCCUGGAGAAAACGGUCCACGUGCGCGCGUGUUCGCACGUCGGGGGGCAUGCUUUUGCGGGCAACGUGAUUAUCUACAUGGAGCGGGAGGGGAAGAUUGCUGGGGACUGGUAUGGUUACGUCACACCUCGUGACGUUCCGCUGAUCGUCGAACAGCACAUCGAGGGCGGACGGAUCGUCGACAAGCUGUGGCGCGGCGCGAUGGGCCUCACGGCAGAGGAGCAGCAAGCGGAGCUACGGAGAAUAAGAGCCGUUCAGGACGCAGAGGGACCAGAGCCCGAGGCAGCGCCGUGCGACGACUGCACGUUCUUGAAAGUCGAGGAGAUCGAGGAACUCGUGAAGGAAGGCGUCUGCGCUCCGCACGACCCGGCGAAACUCGACAAAGCGUCAAAUAAAACCGGCUGCUGCGGCCCAAAACCUGUGGACGGACAGCAAUCCAACAGCGCACCGGCAUUAAAGUCAAACCCGGGGACCAGCGACGGCUCUUCGCUUUUUGUGUCGGUAGCCGCACAAGUCAGGCGGCUGCAGUACCCGGAUGUGUCUUCCUGGUGGAAGAAGCUUGAUGCCACGGAUAUAGCCCUGUGUGGGGCGUUAGCGCUUUCGGGAGUGGCUUUAUGUAUAGCAAUAAAUCUGCAUACGCGUAGUAGGUAAUUGAUACUGCUGCAGCACGCUUUAUUCUUUGUAGGUCGUCGACAAUGAGCUGACGGUGAGUGGUACGGUAUGUAAAUAUUGCGGAAGAUUCAUGUGAGCGGCGGUCCAGCCCGAGAGAGAGAACCGAGAUAAGGGAGGGUCGGUGAGAUGUUGAGCCCAUCAACCCCGCAAUUUUGAUCAAACCACCAAUACUUUGAUUACUAUGACUCGGUGACUUUUUUCAUUUUUUUAAACUUCGAUGGCCAUAAGUGUUGAUUAGACUAAUAGCCACCUCAGGCUGGACCAAUCUGAACAACAUUCUUUUGUAGUUAAUUUUAAUAUUGUGAUUAGGCGGCAUCUCAAGCAAAAUGG